CUUCCUCUCCUUUCUCCCGAUCAAUGCAUAUUUGCAAAAGGAUUAAGCCACCGAUUUAAGCGCCGGGAGCCCAUUUCUGCCUUGCAAAGGAGACCGGACUGAAAAACCCAAAGCCAGCUCUGAUUUCUUUUCGUCCAGUGGGAAGGAUUUGAAGACUGCUUGAAGGAUCAAAAGCCUCGGUGCUUCCCAGGAGCCGAGCCGAGGAGCAGUCGAGGAAGAGCCGGGGGCUCCGUCGCCUUUGGAGAUGGACGAGCAGCCCAGGCUGAUGCAUUCCCACGCUGGGGUCGGGAUGGCCGGACACCCCGGCCUGUCCCAGCACUUGCAGGAUGGGGCCGGAGGGACCGAGGGGGAGGGCGGGAGGAAGCAGGACAUUGGAGACAUUUUACAGCAAAUUAUGACCAUCACAGACCAGAGUUUGGAUGAGGCGCAGGCCAGAAAACAUGCUUUAAACUGCCACAGAAUGAAGCCUGCCUUGUUUAAUGUGUUGUGUGAAAUCAAAGAAAAAACAGUUUUGAGUAUCCGGGGAGCCCAGGAGGAGGAGCCCACAGACCCCCAGCUGAUGCGGCUGGACAACAUGCUGCUGGCAGAGGGGGUGGCGGGCCCCGAGAAGGGCGGGGGUUCAGCAGCGGCAGCUGCGGCCGCAGCAGCUUCCGGAGGUGCAGGAUCCGACAACUCCGUGGAGCACUCCGACUACAGAGCCAAACUCUCCCAGAUCAGACAAAUCUACCACACGGAGCUGGAGAAAUACGAGCAGGCCUGCAACGAGUUCACCACCCACGUGAUGAAUCUCCUGCGCGAGCAGAGCCGGACCAGACCCAUCUCCCCAAAAGAGAUCGAGAGGAUGGUGAGCAUCAUCCACCGCAAGUUCAGCUCCAUCCAGAUGCAGCUCAAGCAAAGCACGUGUGAGGCCGUCAUGAUCCUGCGUUCACGGUUUCUGGAUGCACGGCGGAAGAGACGGAAUUUCAACAAGCAAGCGACAGAAAUCUUGAAUGAAUAUUUCUAUUCCCAUCUCAGCAACCCUUACCCCAGUGAGGAAGCCAAAGAGGAGUUAGCCAAGAAGUGUGGCAUCACGGUGUCCCAGGUAUCAAACUGGUUUGGAAAUAAGCGAAUCCGGUACAAGAAGAACAUAGGUAAAUUUCAAGAGGAAGCCAAUAUUUAUGCUGCCAAGACAGCUGUCACUGCUACCAAUGUGUCAGCCCAUGGAAGCCAAGCUAACUCGCCCUCAACUCCCAACUCAGCUGGUUCUUCCAGUUCUUUUAACAUGUCAAACUCUGGAGAUUUGUUCAUGAGCGUGCAGUCACUCAAUGGGGAUUCUUACCAAGGGGCCCAGGUUGGAGCCAACGUGCAAUCACAGGUGGAUACCCUUCGCCAUGUUAUCAGCCAGACAGGAGGAUACAGUGACGGACUCGCAGCCAGUCAGAUGUACAGUCCGCAGGGCAUCAGUGCUAAUGGAGGUUGGCAGGAUGCUACUACCCCUUCAUCAGUGACCUCCCCUACAGAAGGCCCUGGCAGUGUUCACUCUGAUACCUCCAACUGAUCUCCCAGCAAUCGCAUCCCGGCUGACCCUGGGCCCCAGUCGGGUCGGGCCAGGAGGGAGGGUUUCUCUCCCAACGCUGAAGCGGUCAGACUGGAGGUCGAAGCAAUCAGCAAACACAAUAAGAGUCUCCUUCUCUUCUCUUCUUUGGGAUGCUAUUUCAGCCAAUCUGGACACUUCUUUAUACUCUCUUCCCUUUUUUUUUCUGGGUAGAAGCCACCCUUCCCUGCCUCCAACUGUCAGCCUGGUGUCCGUCAUCCUCCCUGCCCCUGCCCUCCUGCCUAGACUCCCAGGGCCCCUGCCCUCAUUACAUCCCUAGAGGAUAUUUUCAACAAUUAGAGGAACUUAAGAGAAAAUACAAAGAAAAUAAUAAAAAAAAAGUGUUUGUAUGUUUUCAUGCUGGUGGUUUGAGGAGCCAAAUUUACCUCACUCGGAUCCCUCGCUCCCUAUGUUAACAGGCAAUCCUUCUCUGCUUCUCUUACUCUCACUACCUCUUAGCAGGAAUACUUCACAUCGCCCUACUCAUUCCAGCCCUCCCUGCCUCCUUUUGCUAUUGGCCCCCUGGGGACAAUUCUGGUUAGAACACUUUCCUCUUCUUUCCCAGCUCCAGGAACUCCCUGGGCAUUGUUAUGACUAGGCUUCUAAAGGUGCCAUGUUUUCUGGUUUCAGCUCUACUCAGUGAUUCCCAGGCAGGAAGUCAGGCAAGAGGAGCGGGCACAGGGAAUAAGAAGGGUUGACGUCUUAUAGAGACUUUGUCAUCCUCCAGAUAACACCUCUUGGUUUCAAAGGCACUGCUUUGGAGACCAUGAAACUUUUAGUAAGCAAUGUUCAAAGCCUACUGCAAAGUAGGACUGAGUAGGUCUGGGAAUGAGUGCAUCACUGAGAAAAAGAAAGUUCUAAUCCUGUAACCCUUCAAUGGUCUACACACAUAAGUACAUGCACAGCAUAUACUUUCACUCCCCCGCGAUUAGUCAUAUGCCACAUGCAAACACCUGCAUGGGAAAUCACAGCAUUAUGCCUCACGAGCCCAAGAGGGAAUUGGCAACUCUUAAGUGAAGGUCACUGACACAGAGAAGCAAUACAUGCUUGGGGCCUCCAGGAUCUGCAGCCCCAGCGUGCCUACCCCAGAAGCACUUGAUCAUGAGGAAGUCCAGGUUUGCAAUGUAUACUCCUCCUGUUCCUCCCACCUCUGGAGCUCUCAGGGAGCCACCUGCCCCCCCUCAUACUUUAUAAUGUCUGUCAUGGCGUGGGUUAUGUUUGGUUUUAUGUUUUAGUUUAGAGACAUUGUGUUAAUUAUCCAAAGUGUUAGAUGGCACCACAUUAUUGAUUCCUAACCUCUUGUUCUGGAGGAGUUAGGUAAGAACAUGGCUCAGGCAAACUCUUUUGGUAGUUUAAAUUAAAGGCAUGUUAGUCAUGCAGCAGGGGAGAUGAUGUUCUCAGUGAAACUGUCACAAUGAUUUUCAGUCCCUGGAAAUGUUGAAGAGUAUGUACCAGAAAGUUUUUCUCUGAUGUCACCUGAGCUUAUAUUCAUAGCCAACUAGGCCAGUGACAGAAAUGGCAGCUCUGUCUCUUGAUAACAUGGGAAGUACAUGGUCUACCCUUGGUGCCUCAUUUUCUUCAUCUGUAAAAUGGGAAUAAUUAUGCCUAACUCACCAAGAGGCUUGUGAGAGACUGAUUUUAUUCAUAUACAGUUCACACAUAUGAAGAGAGUAGGAGUGAAGUCCCUGACAUGAGUUGGUUUAUGUCCUAGAGGGACAGUAACUUGGUUUCCUUGUUCUAACUCCUGGUUACCCUUCAUAUCCUGAUGUCAUCACCGUGAUGAUGAGGUUGUCACUGUAUUUGUAUUUUGGUUCAAUUUGUUUGAAUGGUUUCUCAGAAUAGAGCUAAGCUUCCAAACUAGAAAAAUAGAAGCAGGUUCUCUUGGUGUGUAUUUGAUUCCAGUAUGUGGCCAUGUAAGUACUUUGUUCCCUGUUGUGUUGACUGCUAGAGAGACUGGGAGGAGACCUGUGGGCUAACCAGCUAACAAAGUCACAGAAAUUCUGCAGGGCAGCACAAUAUGACUAGAAGAUGCUGCUGCUGUGUGUGUUCGAGGUAGAGAUGUUUUAAGCUGAAGAUCAUGCAAAUUUAAAGGAAUUGCAAAAAGCAAAUAUAUGGCUAACUGGGAUUAUGCUUUAAUGACUAAGACCAUGUCUGCUAUUGGAGUAUGUCUGCUAUUCUGUGCCAUAAUCACAGCCAGGCUCCAUCCUGGAAGUAGCCAUCUUGUAACAAUCCCCCUAGUUAUUGGAUUCAAUGGAGAAUUUUCUCUUAAUGGCAGGGAUAUGUUGAAACUACCCACAGAGGACUCGUGGGGUCACGUUUGCCUGACUUUGGGCAAAAUAAAAAAAAAAAGGUACUGAAAGGGUUCUCUUGGGAUCAGGAAGAAUGACUCCAGGUUUGGGUUGAAUGAUUAACAUUUCAAGUUAAUGAAUGAAAAGGAUCAGAGCAGUACUACUCUUACACAGGUAGUUUCUUUCCUGCUGUUGUUUGCACUGAUUAUCACCUCUCUCAGCACUUUCCCCACCCAGCACUGCAGUCAGUCCUCUUCACAUGCAACGCCUUGCCCACAGUCUUCCCCCAUGUCCAUAAGCAUAUCCAACAUGGCGCCAUGAGCUCUUUCUGCAUUAAACAAAGCAUAACCACAUUGGCAGCAGAGGAUGGGGAUGGAAAGAGUGUGCCUCUGGAAAUGUAGUGCCCCGGGAAUUCAUCCUAGGUUAGUCCUACUGAUAGCAAAAUGUGCCCCAGAAGUUCUUCACUUUCUGAUGGAGUAGGAGUGUUCCAUUUCUCUGGCUGCAGAGCUCCCCUAAAAUAACACCAGUCCUUGACCUUGCCAGCUCGUCACUCUUCGUCCUCUCUGCCUUUCAUCCCUAGUACCUACUCCUGGCGUGGAAUUGACUCCUAGGCAGUACUUUUGCCAAAUGGCACCUUCUUUCCAUUUAUGUUUCUAUUGCUCUGUGGUGGUGGUUCUUUAUUUGCCGGUUGCCUUUUCUCACACAUAUUUCUUCCCUCUUUUCCUUCUGAGUUUUAUUUUUCUGCCCAGAAAAACCUGACUUCGAUACCAAAAAAGAUGAAACUACAGAAACUCAAAUUUAAAAAAAACUUAAAAAAACAAAAAAAAUACUCAAUGAUUCUU